CGAUUGAUCCCAAUUCAAAUUAGAAUAUUACAUUGAAAUGUCACCAGAUCUCCUUCUUGAUCCACAACUUAAAUAUUGGGUGCUAUUACCUAUAUCCUUUGUUAUGGUUUUAGUUGGUAUCUUGAGAGCUAAUGUUACUCAAUUGAUGAUGCCAACGCCCAAGUUAACUCCAUUUAAAGUUCUCAGAGAGAAACUGUUUUUGAGAAGAGCACAAGCAUUUAGGGCUAAUAAUAAUGUGUUAAAUAAAGAAGAAUUUGAGGGAAGACAAAAUUAUCUUAUUGCAACACUCAAUUCAGACCAUUUUUAUAGCGAGCCAGUACUCGAUGACGAUAAACCAGCUAACCCAUUCUCUGACCCUUCUACAAACGAUGCCUUAAUGAAUAUGAUGAAAGGUAAUUUAAUGAAUUAUAUUCCACAGACUGUCAUUAUGGGUUGGAUUAACUACUUCUUUGCCGGAUUCGUAAUCAUGAAACUUCCAUUUCCAGUUACCGAUAGCUUCAAGCAGAUGUUACAAACAGGUGUUGCCACUCCAGACUUGAAUGCUCGUUAUGUUUCUUCCAUUUCUUGGUAUUUUGUAAACUUGUUAGGGUUAAGACCUAUCUACACUAUAUUGUUACAAGAUUCAUCUGCGGUAGAUCAGUUAAUGCUGCAACAGCAACAGCAGCAACAAAUGCCAGCUAUUGGAGGACCAGGUGCACCAAAGGUUGAUAAAAUUUAUAAAUCAGAGGCUGAUAAUUUGCAGCUUUUAACUCAUGAAUCAAUUUUCGAUGGAAUUGUUGAUAGAGUAUUAACUUUAAAUUAA